AUGGGGCAGGCGGCAACGAAAUCCGGCGUCGUCAUCUGGGGCGCGCCGGAGACGACUGCGCUUUUGAGCGCCGCGGUGCCUUCUUCGACGGCCCCCACGACCGCCUCGACACCGGCGGCGACUGCCGCGGCUUCCUCGCUUUCCGUUCCGCCUUCCGCUGCCUCGUCGUCUCCAAAUGCGGCGCCUCUCUCGGGCCCACAGUCCCCCCGCGCCGCCGCUCUGGGCGCUGCGGACCUGCCGCCGUCGUUUUCGGCGUCGCCCUCCCUCGCGGUGUUCGCAGAAACGAGCCUCGAGUCUUCUUCUCCUCGCCUAGUUGACGCGCUGAAAGGCAUAAACAGUGCAAGCGUGGCUGCAGGGGGCAUGCAGAUGGCAGUCGUCUCCCAGAGCGGCGAGCUGUACAUGUGGGGCUGCAACAGCGAGGGACAGCUGGGGACAGGAGACAGAAGAGACGCGUCCGUGCCACGGGUGGUGAAGGCUCUCCAAGGCAAGAUUGUCAAGGUGGUCGCUUGCGCGCAAGAGCACACGGUCUGUUGCCUCGACGACGGAAGUGCCUACGCCUGGGGCUGCGCUCUCAACGGGCGCCUUGGGCUCCAUGGCCUGUCGAUCCCCUCGUCCGCAGGCCUAGGUGUCUCCGCACCGCCGGGCGCCCCGACAAAGGGCGCGAGGACCGAGCCACUCGCAUCUGCGUGCCUUGUCUGUACACCGCGCGUCUUGGAGAGUUUGUGUGGCUACUUCAUCACCGAUGUAGCUUGCGGGAUUUACCACACCGCUUUUCUGGGCGUCUACGAACAGCACAAAACGUCGCUCUUCACCUGUGGCCUCGGCCUCAAUGGACGGCUCGGACACGGCGACGAAGAGGACCGUCACCUGCCGACUCCCGUGCAUGCACUCGAGAAUUUGAAUAUCACUGCCAUCGCAUGUGGGGCCCAUCACACAGCUUGUGUCACAUCUGGGGGCACGCUGUACAUGUGGGGAGGCGCCGCGUUCGGGAAACUCGGCCUCGGCUCGACGAGAGGCUCUCAACUUCUUCCCAAGCACGUCGGCGGCCCGCUGAGGAACAAGACUGUCGUCUCGGUCGCGCUAGGGUCCCAGCACAGCGCGUGCGUAACGACGGACGGGGAGUUGUACACCUGGGGACAAGGCCGGCGCCUUGGCCACGAGGUCCAGGGUGAAUCUGACGAGUUUCUCCCCCGGCGCGUCGAGGCGCUCGUUGGCCUGUUUGUCAUCCACGUCGUCUGUGGCGACGCCCACACCGCAUGCAUCGUCGAAAACGGAAAUGUUUGGGCUUGGGGCACCAGCAGGAUUCUGGGCCAUGGCGACCUGGAGGCGCCUCCCAAUCGCCCCUCGUGUCUCCGCGCUCUAAGCGGGAAGGGUGUCGUUCAGCUCUCCUGCGCUCCGACCUUCACGGCGGCUUUCUGCGACCCUCAACGCGUCUCUUCAAAGGCUGUAGCAGCUGCUGCGGCCGACGCCGCGGCCUGUGCAGCGACCGUGGCCGUGGCGGGUUCUGGAGUCCGCGGGGGUGUCUCCGGCGGUGUCUCCGUUUCGGGUGCGUUGGGCGCCAGUGGCGUGGCUCCGGGUGGCGAAGGGACCGCGACCGCGCUUUUGGAGCCGAGUGCGGUUGGAGGCGACCCACGGGAGACGGGCGCCGGGGCAGAGAAGGCAACCCGCACAGGCUCCGGCAGCAAGAAAGGAGACGAAGGGCUGGGGCCGCAUGCUGGACUCGACGCCGCGGCCUCUGGAGACAGCCAGAGAGCGCGGGCCUCGACAGCCGGCAGACAACGUGGCUCUGCAGUUUUUCACCGAGUUGCCGAUGAUGCCGACACCAGUGGAGCGACUGCCGGUCGGGGGGAGCUCGAGGCGAUGGGCCCCGCGACCGCGGUCGCGCCUCCAUGCGCGGCAGGCCGACUGUCUCCUCUCCCCAGUGAAGAGCGCGACGUGCUUCUGUACGAAUUUGGGACCAUCAGUGCGGCUCUCCAAGCUGCGCAGCAAGAGAACCUUCUCCUGGCUGCUCUCCUGAGCGGCACGGCACAGCAGCUCCGCGAGGUUUUGCGGCGCAAUGCGCUUCUGGAAAAGGAACUAGACGCCAUGAGAAAAAGCUCUUCGGACGCGGGCGACCGCCUGGCCACUCUGCGUGAGCACUACAUGCAACAGAUCCAGCAGCUGCAGGAGCAGUUGGCUCAGCAGGACAUGCGUUUGCAUGCGAUUGUCGCUUCGAGGGGAUCCUCGUCGCGGUUGUCUUCCUCGCAAGGACCCCUCUCGGGCGUUUUCUCGCGGCCUCUCUCCUCUGCAGCGUCGCCGUCUCUCUCGGCGACUCCGUCGGGAACUCCCCACGGCUACCUCGCUGCGUCUCCCACCUCUGAGGCUGGGGCCGUUGUUUUCCCGGGGCCCGCGUCGGGCGCAAUCGGUGCAGGUGUCUCUGCGGCUCCAGAGGCCUUCACGGCGCUUCCCGAGGUGACGCUGGAAGAGGCGCUUUUAGAUCCUCUUGGCCAGCAACCGCCUGCUUCGCGCUUUUUUCCUUCCGCUCCGGAAUUUCCGCUGGCCCAGGGGGCGUCCCCUGGGGCCUCUUCGCCCCGCAGACACGCCGCGGCUGCCUGCGGGGCGCCGUGCGGGCGCGCGUUGGGCUCCACGUCGCCGAGGGCGUGCGCGAGUCUGCCGUCGACGGUCGCGGCCGCGGAGGCGCCCUCGCUGGAGGCGGGCGGGCGCGGCGGGAAUGCGAAGCUGCUCCGGGAGGCUCCGGCGCUCGCCCUCCCGGGGACAACAUCUGUCUCCGCGCCUGCUCAGGCCGCGCUGCGUUGGGGGCGCGAGGGCCCUCGCAAAAGGGACAGCUCCCUGGCGCUCUUCAAAGGCCGACGACGAGACUUUCUCUCGCAGGGGCUCUUUGCCGAAGAAUCUGCGUCGCUGUCCCCCCUCGAUCGCAAAAAGGGGGAGAACAAGGGGCUCGCUCUCGUGCCGUCUCAAGGAGACACCACGUGGGCUUCACUGCUCCUUGCCAGCUCUCUCGACAGCAGCACGGCCGUGCGGAGACAGUCUCUGGAUCCCGCGUCCUGCUCUGUCUCCGGACCUGCGGCGGUUGGGCACCAAGCGGAGGGGCGGCCGGGGGGAGGCCGCAGCGGCACGGGAGACAAGAGCGGCCUGAUCGGCGGGCCAGGGAGUCGUCGAAGCUCACAAAAUGCAAGAGCAGGCACAGAGGGAGGAUCCAUUCCCGUCUUUUUUCUUGAAGAAGAAAACUCGCAAAAACAGUAG